GAUCAAUAUGCAAGACGCCUCUACAGCACUCAAGACUCUUGGAUCACAGCUCACGCCAUCUCACCAAGGUAGCCGUGACCAGGAAGUCUCCGAAUUCCUUGCUUUUGAGCCUUCCUCCGCAGAUCGUCAAGCAAAUCUUCUUUUGUCAGGCUUUUCGGUGUCAAGCGAGCAAGGAGAGCACCAAAGACACCACCAGCAUUCUUCUUGGUCCUCCAAGGUGACAAGCGUUCUGGUCAACUUCUUCCGCCGACCAAGAAGCUCCUCAAAACUUCACAUAAGAACCUCAAGUCACAUAAGAACCUUCACACUCACCUCAGACAUACAGUAGACAGGCUUUGUGCUGUAUCACAAGGGAAUGGUCAAGGAAGAGGCCUCUGGGGAGGUCGUGAAGGUCCAGGGCGCGGAGGAAAACCUGAAGCGGGAGGCAUCAAGCUCUCCUUCGUCAGGCAGCGCAAGACUCGAGCCGCUAUCCGAGCCUGCUGCAUCGUCAAAGCGCUUGAAGACGGAACAAGAAGUGCCACACACCAGUGGCAAUUCAGCGCUUAGCGCAAGACACGAAUCACUCUCCGAGGCUUUCGUAUCGGGAAAGCCCUUGAGGAUGGAGCAAGACGUACCGAACACAACUGGCAGCACAGCGCUAUCCAUGAGCGUGCCGAGCGGAACCGAUGAGGGCAGAGCGGCUCGCGAAGCCGACGUCGGCAUUGUGCAAUACGUGAGCCCUGACUUAGUAGGGCUUGAGGGCGGUGUGAUUAAGCAGCGCUUUUCGGAUUUCCAGGUCUUCGAAAUUGCACCUGGAGGCAAAGUCUGCCGGAUCGUCUCUCUAGAUCCACCCACAGCAGAGCAGGGCGGCGAUGGUCUCUACGAGGAAUUAGAGACAGAGCGCGCAGAAGCAGCAGACUCAAGUGGUAACUUGCGUCAAGAGCGCAUACAGCGCCAGAAUGCAGAGCGCGAAGAGCGUAAAGCCGCUGCGGAAGCUGCCAAGCAGCGUGAAGCUGAGCGUACUUGGGUGUGGGUCGAAACGGUCGAUGAGAAAGCGCAAAGCGAGCUUGUCCAAGUGUUGGGCCAGGAAGCAGUAGACUCUCUGAAAGAGCUGUGGGAAAAAGGACCACCGCCUCGCAGCUCUGCUUCGUCUGGGCGCGGCUGGGGCAGGGGCCGAGGACGAGGUCGCGGAGGAAGGGGAGGUGGUCGUGACACGGAGGCGCGAGACGCCGCGAGCACCGGCCCAUCCGUCCUCUCAGAGCCGUUGACAUCAAAGGAGCAACGAACAGCAGCCCAUCAGCUGGUCAGGAGCGUCUUCGAAGGCUCGCUGCAGAGCGAGGCGCUAGAAGCCCAUCGGAACCCCAACACUGUCCAGAGCAAAGACGGGCCACCUGACGACGAUGCAAUCGCAAACGGUGAAGUGUCCAAGCCACCCGAAGGGCUCCCUAUCCGCAUCACCUGGAGCAAUACGAAACAGCGUAGUCAGCGCGACAAUGAUCAAGACAAGGGAGGUGACAAGAAAGAUGCAAAAUCGCUACCGCCGUACGUCCACUUCCUCAUGCAGAAGUCCAACCGAGACUCUCAUGAUGCCCUUGCCAUCCUUGGGCGCGCUCUGAAUCUGGGUGGCUACGGCUCACUCCACGGCAAAGCGCUCGGCGACUUAGCUAUUGCUGGCACAAAAGACAAACGUGCUACAACAGUCCAGCGAGUGUCUUACAAAAGAGGACGUCGCACGCUCGAUGAAGUGUACAAACUCGUCAAUGGGGUCGGCAAAGAACGCGACGAUCCAUAUGGGUCAAGAGGCGGGCGGGGCGGCUCGCAGCGCGGUGGGAGAGGUCGAGGGGGUGCUCAAAGAGGCUACGGCACUCGAAAGACGCUACUCGAUGCGGUUACGCAGCGCGCUGACCGCGCGGUGCGAAUAGCACAUCUUCAGUACGCCGACGCUCCGCUUCACCUCGGCGAGCUGGAAGGUAACGCGUUCGUCGUGACCUUACGAAAUGUCAAGGUCAAGGACGAGAGCAUGAUUGGAAAGAGCGUGGACAUACUGUCCACAAAAGGCUUCAUCAACUAUUUUGGCCUUCAACGAUUCGGAUCUGGAAGCAUUUCCAGCCAUCACACAGGAAUCGAGCUCUUCAAGGGUAAUUAUCAAGCAGCCGUCGAUGGAAUCUUGGCCUCGCGCCCUGGCGAUUCCCCGGAAGAGAGCAAGGCACGCCAGGCGUACUCGGAAGGCUACAUCUUAGAAGCCUACGAUAUGCUACCUCGCUACAACGUCCCCGAGCGAGCCAUCUUAGAACGCAUGAGAAAAGACCUUGAUGCUGACGGGAAACCCAAAAACGAUUGGAAAGGCUAUUUUCUCGCUAUUCCCAAGAGCUUACGGAUCAUGUACGUGCAUGCGUAUCAGUCCUACGUUUGGAAUCGCAUCGCCUCUGAACGCGUAGCCCGUUACGGACUCGACAAAGCGAUCGUUGGAGAUACUGUCGCCCUCGGAGAGGAUGCCGUUCUCGAUGUGGACGAUGAUCAGCAAGAUGGUCCUGCUUCCCACGCGGAUCAAGCUGACCAGGAAGCUGCUCCCGGUGACGAGUCUAAGCCUGCUUCGAAGCGCUGGGCUUCGCAGCUGCCUGUGAAGGUUUUGCAAGCCGGCGACUUGGAUCAUUACAGCAUCAACGAUGUGGUCAUUGGGCUGCCAGGCAUAGACGUCUCUUAUCCAGCUGGCUGGAUGGCGGAUUUGUACAAGGAGGUGCUCGCCGAGGAUGGCUUGACAGAAGAUCAUCUUCUCACUUUCAGCGACUUCAAGCUGGGCGGCGCGUAUCGAAAGCUCCUGCAGAGACCUAAAGACGUAUCAUGGAGCCUAAUCAAGUACACCGACACCAACCUCAAUCUAGCGCAGUCCGACGAGGACAAGCUACUGGGAAUAGACAACCCUCCUGAACCUGAUCCCGAAGCACCAUUCGCUGCUUUGCAAGUGCGGCUCUCCUUGCCCACAAGCUGCUACUGCACCAUGGCACUCCGAGAGAUCCUUAAAAGCGACACUUCCACGGCGACGCAGAAGGAACUCACACACCGAGGUGAAGACAACUCGUCUAUGUACAAAGGGACCAAUCGCCACAACCGAGACGCUGUAAAUAAGGUCAGCGGAUCACGUCAAAGAGCGUGGGGCGCGCACAACACAGGUGAUACAGCAAAUGCCACUACUGGAGAUUUGACCGACGCAGCCAAGGACUCGGAGGAAGGCGUCGAAGUGAAGGCAACGGUGUCCGAUGCCUUCAAGAAGGAGAUGGCUCGCCUUCGCGACCAACACAAAAAUGCGCCCGCUCAGCAAGAGGAGAACAUUGCAAAUGACGAGGACGCCGCUCGCAACCGAGCCCCACAAGAAUCUUCUUGAUCUCUCGUCAACUCAGUCGUCGAUGCUGAGAGUAACAUCCGCUCGGCAUGCCCUGCUCGCAUGUACGAGAUCCCAUCGAGUGUGUGAUCUGAUACUUGCCGGUUACACGAACCCGCAGCAGUCACAAUGAGAUGUACCCGAUGACUGAUCGCGGCGCAAGGCUAUACCAUGCUAUAGUCACUCUCUGCCUCGCUCGAAAGACUUUGGCGCAGCAAAAUGAGUGUAGUCUUAGUGCGAACCCGUUGAACGUGGAUGUACAUGUGGUGAAAAAGUGAAACGUGG